AUGUCAGGCAAGGGUAGCAGUGGCCUUGUGCCAGUCAUCAUCUUUGGCAAUGUCGUGAUUUUGCUCUGUGGCUUGGCCCUGUUUGCUGAAACCAUCUGGGCCACCACUGAUCCUUACUACGUUUAUCCAGUUUUGGGGGUAACAGGAAAAGAUGACGUCUUUGCUGGGGGCUGGAUCGGAAUAUUUUGCGGAUUCUCCUUCUUUCUUCUGGGAAGUUACGGAAUCAUGGCUGCAGUGAAGGGCAGUCGGACAAUGUUCAUGGUGUACCUGGUGCUGAUGAUGAUCGUGUACAUUUUCGAAUGUGCUUCUUGUAUUACAUCGUUCACACAUCGGGAUUACAUGAUAAACUCCAAUGUCAUCAAGAACCAAAUGUUGGCCAAUUUUGCGGGCAACACCUCCCAAGGCAUCGAGAUCACCAACUUUUGGAAAAGAAUCAUGAUGGAAAGGCAGUGCUGCGGAGUGGACGGACCCCUGGACUGGAUUAAUUACCACUCCGUUUUUCGCGACCAAUAUAAAGAGGGUGUUUACCCGUGGCCGUUAUGGUGCUGUAAAAGGGACAGCAAUUUCCAGAUCCUGAACCAGAAUGGCUGCCGCGUUGGACUGCCAGACUACUUGAAUACUGAGGGGUGCUUUCAGCACAUUGGGCAUGCGAUCGACAGCUACACGUGGGGAAUCUCCUGGUUUGGAUUUGCUAUUCUCAUGUGGACGAUGCUGGUCAUGUUUGCGACGAUGUAUCACUACUUUACCAUGUGA